UAAGUUGUUCAUUGACUAGAGAAAUUAGUAGUACCUCAUUUGGGACCCAUGCAUGUACUUGCGCAACCCAAAACCGACCAGCUUUCGUGGUAAUUCUCGAGGUUGAACUUCGGCGAGUGGUGUACAUAUAUGGAAUGCUCUGUGAGAGAACCUGAGUUCUCGUUUCGAACUAAAUUAACUUGUGGUUCGGUUCAUUUGGUUCAGAAGCAAGAAACAACAUUCAGUUAGUUCACAUUCAGAGAUUACCUGGUACCGUAAGGUAUACGAAGAGGUUAUAGAGAGAUAUGAGUUUAGAUGUUCAGAGUAUCAGUAUAAACAAAUCAUUGAAAAAUGAAAUAUUUAACUACAACAACAAAAACUAAUUGAAUUUGUUUCAUAAUCCCGGAAUAGAUGGCAAAUCAGAGUGAAUAUUCAUAUGAAGAGUACAUGAGAGUAAGGCGUGGAGGAGAUAGUUAUGAGACUAACUGUUCAGAACGAACAACAACCACAAAUAUAGGGAAUUCAGAGGUCAUGAGUGUUACUGAGAACGUAACAAACAUGGAAGAGCUGCAAGCGACAAUUCGAAAUGUAAACACUCUUGCAGCAUCAAUAAAUUGGAGUGACGUUCAGAGCAACAAGACCACAACAGGACUGCUGAAAGAGGUGGUCAACAUCCUAGGCAAAGUUCACCAAAACAUGCUUGAGUCAGAAAGAGAAAAACUGAGUCGCAAGCAAAAUUCAGAGCACAGAGCAGCUCUGCAAUCGCAGAGAGUAGCUUCGCACUUACCCCAAGAGAGUCCAAGCUGCAGCAAUUCUGCACCAAAAAUUCAGAGGCAAUAUAAACUGACAUCCAAGUCGAGUUUUGAAGUGUGGAUUGACAGCUUGAAUACAGAGCUAAUAAGUUGGGGGUUGCUUGAUCUGAUUGAUCCAAGUCAACCAGGGCCAGCUGAAAUUUCAGAGUCUGAGACGAGGCUCAGAAAGAACUCGGUUAAAGAUAUUAUCAUUAACCAUCUCGACGAAGAAUAUCACAAGAGAAUUCUUGGUCUAACUGAGCCGAGAGACAUUCUCAAGAAGCUGAAAGAGAGCAGGAAGGGGGAAGUCAGCUCAACACCGACUUCAAUCAGAACUCGGUUAUAUAAUUUGAGGAUGAACAAGGACGAACGUGUUCACAAAUUCUGUGAAAGGUUCGACCAAAUUAUAAGAGAGCAUGAGCUGAGCGACGAUCCUCAAAAGUUGACAGAGCAAGAGAUGCGCUCGACUUUUUAUCAAGCGAUAAUAGGAGCCAUGCCAGAAGUGCGACGCACAGACUCAGCUGUGAUCUCAACAACUGGGAAAGAGAUGGACAUGGAAUCUCUACGAAAAACUAUGUAUCGCAUUCAAGAAGAUAACGAUGCAAAUCGAGGAAGUUACUCUGAGAAUGAAGUUGCAGCCUCAAGAGCAAGGGUUCUGAAGGGCAAGUUCAAGGAGAACAAAUGCUUCAGAUGUAACAGAAAGGGGCACUGGCAAGAUCAGUGUCCAUUCAGAGGCACAAACCAGUGGUUUUGUUACAGUUGUAACGACAUCACUGACCAUACGAGUGAGAACUGUUACCGAAACUCAAAGAGGCCAUACAAGUCGAGUAACCAUGAACCCCCCGUCAAAAGGUUCAAAACAAACCAGGGUCAAGAACUGAGAGACAGAGGUUCUGGGAAAUUCAGAGGCAGGGGUGGUAACCCUACAACUUCCAACUCCAGAGGUAAUUCGAGAGGAAACACCAGAGGUCACUUCAGAGGUAGAGGAAGCAAUAGGGGUAUGAGACAUCACUCGGUAGCCAGAAGAGCUGACUACAAGGGUAGUAAUGAGAGGUAUGAGGAGGAUUCAGAGUUACAAGUUGACAAUGAGUUUUCCGGUCAAUCGCAAACCAACAAUAUAGAGAUUUCAGAGGAAACUAAUUCAGAGUCUAUUGAAAACGUUGCGGUAGAUGUAGGUUCUGCGAUUGGGAGGGAGAGUCUGGACAAACCCAUUGUAUCAGAUAAUUCAGAGAAUUCCAAUUCAGAGAAAUCCAGUCUGGACAAACCCAUUGUAUCAGAGAAUUCCAAUUCAGAGUACAAAAUAGUUAAAAUAGACGAUUUAAAGAGCUUAGAAAGUCUAAAGGACACAAUAGAUAAAAAUCCACCAGAAAAUAUGGUGUCUACUAAUAUUCAGAGUGAAGCUAUGCUAUGGCAUCAGAGGCUAGGGCAUGCUUCUUUAAAUUACUUAAAAAUGAUACAAAAGAGAGAUAAGAGAUUAGAAAACGUGAAGUUUGACGAUUCAAUUAGAGAGUGUGCAGUGUGCAUAUUAGCAAAAAUGGAAAAACUUCCAUUCAAACAAAUCAGAAGUAGAGCUGACAGGCCUCUUCAAUUAAUUCAUUCAGAUGUUAUGGGUCCAAUUAAACCCAAUUCAUGGCCUGGUCAUAAGAGGUACAUAAUCGUAUUUGUAGAUGAUUAUUCCAGAUAUGCUAACAUAUAUUGUCUAAAAUCUAAAGAUGAAUCCGGUCAAGCGUUCGAUAAAUUUCUGAUUUCUGCACGUAACCUACUAGGUGCAGAUGCAAAAGUCUGCUAUGUUAGAUCCUCGGUUAGAUCAGACAGAGGUACUGAGUUCACCGGUGGAAAUUUUGCUGAAAUAUUGAAAAGAGAAAAAAUAGAGUCAGACAGUGGUCCACCAUAUACUCCAGAGCUGAACGGAACAGCCGAGAGAUUUAACAAAUCUAUUCAGAGAACAAUUAGAGCUUUUAUGUGUGAUUCGGGCUUACCACAAAGCAUGUGGGAACUAGCCGCUGAAACAGCUGUUCACACUUAUAACAGAACUCCACACAAGUCAAUUGGGUAUGAAGUACCGCUAAUUAAAUUUUCACCUAGAGCAAACUGUCAUUUAGAGCAUAUUAGAAGGUUUGGAUGUGUUGCUUAUGUUAAGUUACCAUUCGUCGAAACAAAGUUCAGCAAUGUUUCGAUAAAAACCAUAUUGGUAGGGCAUACACCCACAGGAUACAUUUUAUGGCAUCCUAGCACGAGAAAGUUCAUAGAAUCGAGACAUGUGAGGUUUAUAGAGAGAUUAGUGUACAAAGAUGCUUAUUUGAAGAAUCAGAGUAAAGAGUUAAGUGUUGAGAGUACAUCAGAGAAAACAAUGGGUCAAUUAAGUAUAAGGCACGACUUGUCUCACGAGGGUUUAAAGAUAAAAAUGUUUAUGGGCUUAAAGAAACAUAUGCUCCGGUGUCAAGGUUGUCCUUGA